AUGGACUUCUUCAGGCAUCAUCCACUAGAAAAUGCAAAUACUCAAUUAGGUAUUCUCACCCUCAAGCCAGCACAGUCUCUACAUGCGCCCCUGAUAUGCUCGAUAGAGACACACAACUUCGGUGAUCACCUGGAAUAUGAAGCUCUUUCAUACGUCUGGGGCAGUACCUUGCAAACGAGCACCAUCAUGCUCAAUGAAAAGAAGUUUAGUGUGACACGAACCCUGGAAGGUGCUCUGCGCUAUCUCAGAAAGUCCUCCAAUGGUCGACGUCUCUGGAUCGAUACGAUAUCUAUCAACCAAAACGACUUCAAAGAAAAGAACGCACAAGUACUUCGAAUUCGUGAUAUUUUUGCGGGUGCAUUAGAGGUGCUUAUUUGGCUUGGAGAGCCUGAUAUGGAGACUGAAGGCGCCCUGCGAUACAUCACAACUCAUUACACUGCUAAUGAAGAUCAUGAUUGGCCAGACAGAUGGGAUCCAGAAUUUAUUCAAAACCUACCUUGCCUGCAGAAACUUUUCAGCAACCCUUGGUGGUCUCGCAUGUGGACCUUGCAGGAAAUCGUCGUGGCAAACUUUGAUCCGAUCUUUCUCUGCGGCAAUGUUAAAUGCUAUUGGAGCGUCCUUCACAGCUGUGCCAUGCAUCUUUUCAUGUUGACGACCCACACCUAUAUUCCUUUCAACGUUGACAUGGAGCCGCUUAUAGAUUUGGGAUUCAUUGCAAACAGAUGGAAGGAUAGAGGCGACAGAAAUGAAGGACAAAAAACAGGGGUCGCCAUGAACAUUGAAAAUCUAUUGAUCACUAGUGCUGCUAGAGGUGCCACUGAUCCUAGGGACCACAUUUAUGCAAUUCUUGGCUUGUUGGAAGCGAGCGAACACAGCAUCACCACAGACUAUGAUGCACAAAUUAAAGAAAUCUAUUAA